AUGUCCGCCAAUACCUACCGCUGGUCCCCUGAUGUUGUCUUCCAGAUCACCGAUGAGGUGAGGAAAGAAAUGGUGUGCAUGGGCCGAGUCGCCAACAAAAUGAAUGCACGCUGCAGAUGGGCGAUUGGCGCUCAUUUUGCCUCCCGUCCGGCCCAGGUGCGCGAGCUGCUCCAAGCCAUGGGUUCAAUGAUACCGAAACAGAUCACGAAUCGCCAGGUUGAGCAACUCGCCAAAUUGUGUCUCUGCAAAUUCCAUGGGCGCCAACUUGAGGAUGCUACGAUUGAACUGCUGAACCGGCGGGACAAUGCAAUUCGCAACCACGAUCAGUUUGUCCAUGGUCGCGCGAGGAGAUACUCGGCGGUUUUUGGUGGGGAUGAAGAGGAGGAGCAUGGCAUCAAUCAGCUCGGGGUGGGGUUCGGCAACCUGAGUCUGGGAGGUGGUGGCGAGCGGCAUCCGACGAACAGAAGUCAAUAG